AUCAAUUUCUUUUGCUUUCCCAUUCCCAUUCUUGGUUGCUGCGCAGUCAGCCGUGGCGUCCUGUCUGCGUCGUCGUCUUCUUCUCCGGCUCGUUCUCAAUUUGCUCGGUCGGGGGUCGGGGCUCCUCUUCCCUCUUUCGCCGGCCAACUACAAGGCCCCGCCGCGCACGCAACCGCAGCUCCCCCCAGCGCGUGGAAGGAAAUUGGGUUCCAGCGCCCCGCCGCCCUCCCCGCCGGGGAGGAAGACUGCAGCUGCAACUGCAACUGCAAGAGGACUCCAUCAUCCAUUCCAUUCCAGCGCUAAGGUCAAGCAGAAGAAACAUAGGCGGGGAUCUCAUCCCCCAGCCUGGCUCUGAGCCCCUCGCGGAUUCGAACCCCCGCGCCGGAACCGUGGGGAAGAUCAGCAGCAGCUGCAAGGGCAUGUGACGCCGCCGCAGGCAAAUAGGCAAUGUGCUCCGACAUGGAUCAGCACCACCACCACGCUACCAGGGAGGCUGCCUCAGAUGUUUUAGAUGCUAAUGGAGACCAUCAAAAUAUGCAUGCUGCACAUCAUCUUGGACAAAAUGGGCCUGGGGACACCAAUAAUAACCACGUAAAACAUCCAUCCACGGAUGGCAAUUUUUCCUCAGAUGCUUCAUGGCACAAGCGUGGCCGUAUGAGCCGCCAUCCAUCUGCAUCUUCUGUCGACGACCGCUCCGUCAAGUCCGGGGAUGAUUCCGAUGGGGCUGAGAGUGCAAAUGGUGCUAAAGGCAGCGACACAGAGAUUUCACACCUGCUAAAUGAUACCAUCUGGAUACCACCUGAAGCGGCAGAUAAGGAGGAUGAGGCCGAGAGCUUUGACGACGAUGAUUAUAGCGACGGAAUCAAAUGGGGCCACUCGAGUUUCCCGUCCCCUGGCAAGGAAGAUGAGGCCAGCCCAAGCAAUCCAAGGGAGGAGCGAGAAAAAGCGAUGCUAGAAGCUAUGAAUGGCCAGCUCAAGAUACUUGUAAGCCGCUUCUUGGCAUCGGCUGGCAUCUCUUCUUCCAAGGAAGAGGGUAGCGACAGUUGGCUUGACAUUAUCACCUCCCUAUCAUGGGAAGCGGCGCUGCUUAUUAAACCCGAUGGUACCAUGGGAAAGGACAUGGACCCUGGAUCUUACAUCAAGGUCAAAUGUGUAGCAUCUGGUACUCGCCGGCAAAGUGAGGUGAUCAAGGGACUAGUCUUCAAGAAGAAUGCUGCUCAUAAGCACAUGCCGACCAGUUGCCACAGUCCUAGGCUUCUACUUCUUAAAGGAGUCCUUGGGCAUUCUGUUGUCGGUUUGUCAUCAUUUAAUUCAAUGGAUCAGGAAAAGAACCUUUUGGAGAGAGCCAUUGGUAAAAUGAUGGAGAUAUGCAGUCCUAAUGUUGUUUUGGUUGAGAAAACUGUUUCACGAAACAUUCAAGAACUUCUUCUGAAAGAGGGUGUCACUCUAAUUCUUGAUAUGAAGCUCCACCGACUAGAGAGAAUUGCACGUUGUACGGGUUCUCCCAUAAUCUCAUUUUCAGAAGUUUUAGACAAACCAAAGCUGAAGAAAUGUGAUUACUUCCACAUUGAGAAAUUUACUGAGGAGCACAACACAACCGGUGAGGGUGGAAAGAUGCCAUCUAAAACGUUGAUGCUCUUGGAAGGCUUUCCAUGCCCUUUGGGUUGCACGAUAUUACUCAAAGGAGCAAAUAGCGAUGAAUUGAAGAAGGCCAAGCAAGUCGUGCACUUCACAGUCUUUGCUGCAUAUCACUUGAUCCUUGAAACUUCUUUCUUCGAAGACCAAAGGGUUUUUCUAAAUGAUAAAAAUAUUCCAAAAGUAAAUUCUGUUAGUGCUAUGGAAGGGUUUUCAACAACUGCUUUUGAUCUUGCUGCUCUUGGUGGUGCUAUCCCUAACUUUCCUUCACAUGAUGACUCUCCAGCACUUAGAUUGUUCCAUGCCACUUCUAAUCGCUAUGUUGAUGUGGACAAAACUUUGAGAUGUCCGAGAAAUGUAGAGUCACCGAGUUCAAUAACUGGCAGCUCUGAUCUUCAAGAAGGUGCAAGCAUCCGGUAUGACUCAAGUCCAUCCACUAAUUCUGAGAGGACAGCAUCAGAAGUCCCAAGUCUGUUCAGGAAAUUGUUUGCUGACAAUUUAUGUCACCAGAAUAUUUAUUUACCUGUUACGUCAUUGCAAGAGACAAAUGAUAAACAGAAAGAAGUCAGGGUUCAAUCCAGCCAAGAAACUAGUAGUAAUGGUUUUCAUAGGGCAAAGGUGGAAGAGUCUGUGGUUUCCAGUGAAAAUGGGGAGUCCACAAACGAUACCCAGAAACAAGAGAUUAAUCAAGCAAUCAUGCGAACAGGUUCUUCUGCAAGUGAUAAGAGUGGAGAAUCACCUGCCAUGGUAGAAAACGGAGCACACUGUGGCACCAGUAUCGUUAUCAAAGAGAAAGAUGUUGAUGACGAUCAAGCUGACGAUGCACUUGAUUCUCACAGUAUACUGAUUCUGAUGUCUAGCCAGUGCGUGGAAAAGCAGAUUAUUUGUGAACAGAGCCACUUAACCCGUAUAAAAUACUAUGGGAAUUUUGAUGUGUCAUUGGGGCGGUAUUUGCAAGACAUUUUGCAGAAUCAGAAACUGAGCUGUUCCACAUGUGGAGAGCCUCCAGAAUCUCACAUGUACUCUUACACUCAUCGAAAUGGAAAUUUGACCGUGCUAGUGAAGCGGCUCAUGCCCCAACACCAUUUGCCUGGCGAAUCUGAAGGAAAAAUAUGGAUGUGGACUAGGUGCUCAAGAUGUGAUCAGGAACGUGGGAUAUCCAAAUCAACUCCAAGAGUAUUAAUAUCAGCUGAAGCGCGCAAUCUCUCAUUUGGGAAGUUCCUGGAACUUAGUUUUUCAAGCCACUCUGCAGCCAGGAGGUUAUCCAUAUGUGGACAUUUGGUGAACAGAGAUUGCUUGCGCUUUUUGGGGUUGGGCUCUAGAGUUGCGAUGUUCCGGUACUCAUCAGUUGAAAUUUACACUACCUGCAAACCACAACCCACUCUACAGUUUGUCAACCCCAUCAGACAGGAGUGGUUUGAAGGACAAAGGAGACAUGUUCAUGCUAGAGGUAUGACACUUUACUCUAAGGUAGCAGCCAUGCUACAAAAGUUGAAGAAUGAACAUCCUGAUGCGAUAACAGUUGCAAUCAAUUGUGGCCUCUCACUCCCUAUUAAGGAUUUUACUGAACUCGAUGAGUUGUUGAUCAAAGAAAAGGCUAGCUUUGAGGGUUCUCUGGACAAGGCCAUUAACCAUAAUGGGAGACCAUCCUCAUCCGUGCAUGAACUUUUGAAUAUAAAUUGGUCCUAUCAGGACCUUCUACUUAGACUUUACAUAUGGGACCGUCGUCUGCAUCAACUGUUCUACUGUAAAUCUGUUGGGCUACAAACUGCUCCUAAUUGUAAGAAUCCUGCUGAUAUUGUGAAUGAGACUCCUGAUGGCAACUUUGAAAUUGGAAAGAAAAUCACUGGAUUCGCAUAUGAUGAAACUAUGACAGCUUUUGUGGCAGCCAGUGCCACCGAUUCUGCAGGUAGCAAACUUUACCUUGACCAUCAAUCAGGUGAGACUGGAGCACCCUUGCUUGAUGAAAGACCGGAAGCUGGGGACUCUGAACUUUCUUGCAAUGAAGGCAGUAAAGAUAAAGAAUCUUCCAUUUUUCCUGGUCAAAUAGACAUAGAUAGCACAACAAAAGCCCCAAAAGGUCCUUGUUUUGAGAUAUCCAAUGAGAAGGGGGUCCAGGGAAAUGUUACUGUGGCAGACCCAACACAUGCAGAACAGGAGCCUUCUACCCAACAAUUCAAAUAUCCUUAUUGGGAUGACAGAGAAAGGUGGAUUUGGAAUCCAACUCAUGAAUUUCAAUUGGCUUACAGAAAUGACAUUGAAGAUGGAUAUUUGGACAAAUUUGAUAUCAUUAACCAUUAUAAACCAUCUUACCUGCCUCCCUUGUUUGAAGAACAAGACGAGGCAUACCCUCCACAGUUCACAGUUGGUCCAGGUAGUAAUAUUCUGUGUGUACAGGAGGAUGAGAUAUCAAGCAUAAUAGCUCGUGCUCUUGCCAUGUCUGAUGAACAUCGCUAUUCAAAAGAUUCCUUUUUUGAGAAUGAGAUGGAGAACUCCAGGGCAGAUCAUGCUAGAAUGAUGGAGAAAUCCUAUAGUUUUCUGUCUGCAAGUUCUUACAGCUCAUCACAAUGGUCAUCUGCUGGAUCUCAAGAAUAUGAAGCAAGCUUCUCACCUUUCUCUACAUUUUCAUCUGACGAUUUUUCUGGUUAUGAUAGCUCAUCUUUAUUGUCCUCAGCACAUCCAGAAAUGACCGUCAACGGGAAAGUAACUUUCAGAGACAAAUACUCAGUCACUAGUAUAUAUGCUAAUGAAUUUUAUGAACUACGAAAGAAGUGCUGCCCAUCUGAGCUUGCAUAUAUUACUUCUUUAAGCCGCUGUAAAAAGUGGGAUGCUCAGGGUGGAAAGAGCAAGGCAUUUUUUGCAAAGACAAUGGAUGACAGAUUCAUCAUAAAGCAAAUCAAGAAAACAGAGUUUGAAUCGUUUAUUGAAUUUGCUCCUCAUUACUUCCAGCAUGUUUUCCAUUCUCUGGACACUGGAAGCCAAACUUGCCUUGCUAAAAUAUUAGGAAUCUAUCAGGUUAAGCAAAUUAGGCAUGGCAAAGAGGUAAAGAUCGACCUGAUGGUGAUGGAGAAUCUUCUCUUUGGCCACAAUAUUUCACGGAUUUAUGACCUUAAGGGUGCUACUUUUUCGCGGCAUGUCACUGAUUCAACUGACCAUGACACUGUUUACCUGGACCAAAACUAUGUUGAGGACAUGGGCGUUUCUCCAAUCUAUAUUGGUGGAAGAACAAAGCAUCUUUUGCAGCGUGCAAUCUGGAAUGACACAUCUUUCCUCACUUCGGUCAAUGUCAUGGACUAUUCUCUGCUUGUGGGAGUGGAUAAACAAAAGCACGAACUUGUAUUUGGCAUCAUUGAUUAUCUGAGGCAAUAUACUUGGGACAAACAACUGGAGACAUGGGUGAAGACUUCUCUGGUAGUACCCAAGAAUGUUUCACCAACUGUAAUUUCCCCCAAGGAGUACAAGAAAAGGUUUAGGAAGUUUAUGGCGAAGUACUUCCUCACAGUUCCAGACACUUGGAGUCCUGAUAAUCCUAAGCAAUGCAAAUCCAUUGGUCAUAGCAGUCGCAAGUCGUUAGAAGUCCAGAAUGGUGAUAGUCAGCUUCAGCAUCCAAAUGAGGCUGAGGCAUGUGCCUGAUCUUAUGCGGGACCUCCUGGCAGUUCUCUUGAAGCCUAUUUAGUUAUCAUUGGGCUGAUUUUCACUUUUGUAAAAUGGUGUACAUAGGAGGACCUCACUGUUGAUUUAUCCAAAAGUUUGCAGCUUUUAGGCAAAUUGUUGGGGCACGUGAGGUCCACAAGACGUGUACCUAUACAAAUGUUCAUUGUUAAUUUCACAAUUAUUAUAGUGAAAUUAAAAAUUUUCAUAUGAUCAUUUUUUGGACCCAUCA